GGACUCCAUGGAAACGGAUGACUGGCGUGCUAGCUCUUAGCUAUCUAGCUAGGCGUUAAUAACCAUUGCUGCUUACAGAAUACAUGUCAGCCACUGCCUGUUUGCAAAGAUGAGUCGUACACCUGAUGCCAGAGCCAGAGACAACCAGACCAGAAGGAUCCAGGAGAACAUCACUAAUGUGGAGAAACACUUUGGAGAGAUGUGCCAGUUAUUUGCUGCUUAUGUCCGCAAAACAGCCAGACUACGAGAUAAAGCAGACAUUCUUGUCCGUGAAAUUGGCAUGUAUGCUGACACAGAGACGCCAGAUCUUAAGAGGGAAAUGAAGCAGUUUGCUGACCACCUCGCCAAGAUUCAAGAUUACCGCCAAGCUGAGGUGGAACGACUUGAAGCCAAAGUCAUUGAGCCAUUAAAAAGCUAUGGAGCAGUGGUGAAACGAAAAAGGGAGGAUCUGAAGGCAACUCAGAGUGCCAGAGAAAGAGAAGCCAAACAGAUGGCUCAGCUUGAGAAGACCAGACUGAGAAAUCCCUCGGACAGACAGAUCAUUUCUCAGGCUGAAAGUGAGCUUCAGAGGGCCACUAUGGAUGCCACACGGACCACCAAGCAGCUGGAAGAGACUAUAGAUGAGUUUGAGCGGCAGAAGAUCCAGGACAUCAAGAAAAUCUUUGGUGAGUUUGUCACAGUGGAAAUGUCAUUCCAUGCCAAGGCUUUGGAGGUCUACACCUUGGCCUUCCAAAAUAUUCAAAGUGUUGAUGAGGAGGCUGACCUGGAGGUGUUCAGGCGUUCACUGCACCCCCCUGACUACCACUCACGCUUAGACAUAGUGCGAGCUAAUUCCAAAACUUCCCUUGAUCGAACUGGGUCUUUCUUGAGUACAUCAGGGACCUUACAGCAACAAAGAGCUGGCAACCGCCAGACGAGAAGAGAGGAGGAGGAAGAUGACGACGAAGAGGAUGAAGAUGAAUCUGAAGAGGAGGAGGGUGAUGAUGAUGAAGAGGACACUGAUAAUGAACAUUAGACUUGUUAAACAAUUGUACUAUUUUGCAGAACAGUAAGUUAGUAACAGUAAAAUAUACAUUAACUGCUUGACUAAAGGAAAAGCUGUCAUUGCCAAAACCAGUUCAUACAGGUGGAGCAGUAUUGUAGUGGUAAUUGUCUUGUAAUGUUUAAGUUCUACAGUAUGUAUUCCAGCCAACCGUUUUAUAUAUUUUUGUAUUCACAAUCAUAAAAUGUGCAUCAUAUUUUCACUUGUCUUUGUUAAUAAAAAUCAAUA